AUGGCUUACAAUUUUUUGUUAUCUCCUUUGGCAAAGGCCUUUGUAAUUCUAUGGGUAAUAAUAUCUUUAUUGUAUCAAGCGUGUGGAAAUUCUUUUGAUGAGAAGAAACCAAAUCAAGAAGGAGGGUGUGAUGCUUCACUUGGAAAUUGGGUUAUUGAUGACUUCAAUUACCCUCUCUAUAAUGCAUCAACCGAUUGCCCAUUUAUAGUAAAGGGUUUUGAUUGCCUAAGAAACGGCAGGCCUGAUCAUGGAUACCUCAAGUACAAAUGGAAACCCAUUGGUUGUGACCUUCCAAGGUUUGACGGUCAGAAAUUUUUGGAGAGAAAUAGAGGAAAGAAGAUUAUGUUUGUCGGAGACUCCAUUAGCAACAACAUGUGGCAGUCACUGACUUGUUUGCUUCACAUUGCAGUCCCAGAAUCAAAUUACAUUAUAACUACACAAAGAAAGAAUCUUUUUGCCUUCUUAUUUCCGGAAUAUGAAGCUUCCAUAAUGUGGUUGAAAAAUGGCUUUCUUGUGGAUGUGGUUCGUGAUAAAGAAAAAGGAAGGAUUAUAAAACUAGAUUCCAUUGAAACUGGGUGCCUUUGGAAGAACGUAGAUGUUUUGAUUUUCAAUACCUAUCAUUGGUGGACUCAUAUUGGACAAUCUGAAAAAUGGGCUUAUGUUCAGAUUGGUGACAAGAUAAUUGAAGGCAUGGAUUACAUAGAGGCUUAUAAAAUUGGAUUAACCACAUGGGCUAAUUGGAUCGAUUCUAACAUUGAUCAAUCAAGGAUUAAAGUUUUGUUCCAGGGAAUUGCUGCUUCCCAUUCUGGGGGAGUGAAUUGUAUUGAACAAACUCAACCAGAGCAAGAGCUUGAAGCACCUCAUCCUGGUUUGGACAUAGCCAAGAGCAUUUUGAGUAACAUGACAAAUCCUGUUGAUUUGCUUGACAUCACUUUGCUCACACAACUAAGAAUAGAUGGUCAUCCUUCUAUAUACUCAGGUAGAGGCACUUCCUACGUGGAUUGCAGUCACUGGUGUCUAGCUGGUGUUCCUGAUACUUGGAACGAAAUACUAUAUGCUACUCUUAUUCAAAAUUAA